CAAGAAAUGGAAUCACCUAAGCCUAAUAUUCUAGCGACGUGGUGAUGGUUAUGGAUCAUGUUUUGAGUGUGGUGGUUUUGAUCGUAAUUGCUGCUGUAACUGUUUUUCUGUACAGGCGUCAUACUCAUCUGAGCUGGAUACCGAAACCACCAUGUCACUUCAUUUUUGGACAUUACGGUCUAUUCCAAGAUUACACAGUUAUCCUGGAAAAAUUGAAAGACAUAACUAUUAAAUAUGGGGGAAUGAUACGUAUACAUUUACCUCCAAUGAAACCUGGAAUCCUAGUCACCGAUCCUGGAAUUUUACGUAGCCUAUUAAUGUCAGAACAAGCAUUGAGUAAAUCCAGAUUCUACAAUUUCUUGAAACCUCUGUUGGGAGAGGGACUCUUAACAAUAAGUGGAGACCGUUGGAAAAGCCACAGGAGAUUAAUUAACCCUAGUCUUGGACGUAUCUCAUUCCUCAGGAACUGUAUCACAACUUUCGAAUCAAAGGGUGAUAUACUCCUUGAAAAAAUCAAAGAGGAGUCAAAUAAUUCCCAUAUUAACUUGUUGCCGAUGAUGAAAAUGUAUACCAUGGAUGUUAUUUGUGAAACGGCUAUGGGUCUAUCAUCGAACUAUCAAAACAAUCACAACUAUCAGUACAUGCAUAGUAUCGAGACCAUUUUCAAAAUAGUGUUGAAAAGAAUGAGAACUCUGAAGCGUUUCGAUUUCAUCUUCAAGCUAACCAAAGACCAUCAAAUUUUGACCGAGAACCUGAGAAUUAAUGAUGAAUUUUUCACUGUCAUCAUGGAGGAAAAAUCUAACAAAAAUGCCCAGCAAACAGAGGAGUCUUCACAGCUCACAUUUUUGGAUAUGCUUCUUCAACUAUUUCGUCAGGGCAGUAGCAUUACUGUAAGAAAUAUAAAGGAUGAAGUGAAUACCAUGAUUUUGGGAGGCCACGACACUACUUCCAUUGGUUUAUCGUUCACCCUGUAUGCUUUAGCUCAUCAUCCUGACAUACAGGAAAAGGUACAUCAAGAGCAGAUUCAUAUUUUUGGCAAUGCCACUGAACCAAAGACAGUGUCGUACGAUAACCUACAAGAAAUGAAGUAUUUGGAAAUGGUGAUAAAGGAGGCAUUAAGACUAUAUCCCCCAAUACCAGUUAUUGCUCGAGAGCUGACAGGUGACAUAAUACUAGAUGGCGGAUCAGUUCUACCCAAAAAUCUUAACGUUGGAAUUUUCAUAUACGGCUGUCAUCGUGAUCCCAAAUAUUUUCCUAAUCCUGAAGUGUUCGAUCCCAAUAGAUUCAUGUCUGACGAUAUACUCCCUUUCACCCAUUUACCGUUCAGCGGGGGACCCAGGAACUGUAUUGGUCAGAAGUUCGCGAUAUUGCAAAUGAAAAGUUGCAUCUCCAAAAUUGUAAGGAAUUUCCAUUUGAUUGCUCCAGAAUCAGAGGACGAAUUAGUACUAGUACCCGACGUCACACUCAAGCCUAAAAAUGGCCUGAAGAUAACCGUUAGGAGAAGACACACUCAACACCAUCAAUAAAACAUACAUUUUUCAAUGAAUCUUGUCCAUAAUUGCUAAAUAUAGAUUAUUUAUACAUUAUUUUACAAAAUACUAUUCUACUAUAAAUAUCUGACUUCGCUAUUGAAUAAUAAGGAAUUAUAAAUUACAUAGCUGCCGCUAACCUCUUCCUGGGCUCCAGCUUUAUUUUGAAACCUUCUGCCCUCUUGAGGAUAAUAUCAGCCUGGAGUUGGAAGUCUUUCUCUUGAAUAUCAGACCUUACGCGGUAAUUUCUCAAGAUGGUGGAAAGGAGAAUCUUCAGCUUCAGCAUAGCGUAUUUACGACCUGAAAUGGCAAUGUUUGAAAUUUGUAAAUUACAAACGCUGGUUUAAUGCUGUUGGGAUAAUAUUGAAUCACCGUUACAAUGUUUGUUUGAAUCGACUCGGCCGUUACUUGAUGGAAAUAAAUACUGAGGAAAAUUGAUUGUGCUAUUAGAGUAUCUGCUGAGAUAAUUUUUGCUACCAUUACAAGAAAUCAUAUUACCGUUAUACAUUUUCG